GCCUGGUUUAAGAAAUCUGAUACCCCCAAAAGGAUCAUAUGUGGAAGAGGAACAGUGAAUGUUCUUCCAUCACACUUAGCACAAUUACAAUUAAAUAAUUAUGUGAUGUAUUGCUUAAUGUCUUUCUCUACCACUAAAAUUUCAGCUCCAUGUGGUUGAAGACCUUCUCUGUCUUGUUCAACAUGUCUGGUACACACCCAGUGUUAUAUAUAGUGUUAUAUGUGCUUUGUAUAUCAUAGGUAUUUUUUUUCCAUACUUGACUAAAAAAGAACAAGGAAUUCUGGGAUAGGAUGAAGACAGGGCCUGUCAUCUUUCUUUUAAGAUCACAAAUAAAUGUGGUUACAUUCACUAUACAGUGAUCAUUAUUCAAUUCUCAUUCCAGAAUCACUGAUUAUUCUGGUGCCUGGUUACCACGUUUUCACUGCUCACCUCCUGGACACCCAGGUUAGUCCACCAUGCAGCCCACAGCCUGUAAUGGAUCAGAGGAUUACUCGACCAUCUUCUACCUUUUGGGUAUCCCCUCUCUGCCGCAAUCCCUCUUCCUUUCUAUCUUCUUCGUCUUUCUCCUCCUCUAUCUGCUCAUCCUGGUGGGUAACACCCUGAUCCUGGUGGCUGUGGUGGCAGAGCCCAGCCUCCACAAGCCCAUGUACUUCUUCCUGAUCAAUCUCUCUGCUCUGGACAUCAUUUUCACCACAAUCACUGUCCCCAAGAUGCUGUCCUUACUGUUACUUGGGGAUCACUUCCUCAGCUUCCCUGCCUGCUUCCUGCAGAUGUACCUCUUCCAAAGCUUCACAUGCUCUGAAGCCUUCAUCCUGGUGGUCAUGGCCUAUGACCGCUAUGUGGCCAUCUGCCGCCCACUACACUACCCUGUCCACAUGACCCCACAGACCAAUGCUGCCCUGGCAGCCAGUGCCUGGCUGGCUGCCCUCCUCCUGCCCAUCCCACCAGUGGUACAGACGUCCCACAUGGCUUUUGGUUCUGUGGCCCAUGUCUACCACUGCUUCUGUGACCACUUGGCUGUGGUCCAGGCCUCCUGCUCUGACACCACACCCCAGACCCUCAUGGGCUUCUGCAUUGCCAUGGUGGUGUCCUUCCUGCCCCUUCUCCUGGUGCUGCUCUCCUAUGCCCUCAUCCUGGCCUCGGUGCUUCGCAUCAGGUCCCAGGAAGGACGCUCAAAAGCCUUUUCCACUUGCAGCUCCCACCUCCUGGUGGUUGGCACCUACUACUCCUCCAUUGCCCUAGCCUAUGUGUCUUACAGGGCUGACCUGCCCCUGGACUUCCACGUCAUGGGCAACGUGGUGUACGCUAUCCUCACACCUGUCCUCAACCCUCUCAUCUACACGCUGAGGAACAAGGAUGUGAAAGCAGCCAUCACCAAAAUGGCAUGUCCCCAGGGCCCAAAGAAUGCUGGGAAACCCUGAUUCAGAGGUAUAACUUAACCUACUCACAAAGGCCAAUAACAAUAAAGGGGAAAGUGGACAAUUCAAGCAGCCAGACAGUUAGAACAAUAAUUCUGAAAAUACAGUUUUAAGUAUUCCUCCAUUGUAAUAAAAUAAUGAUUUUUCCCUCCUUAACUCACAGACAAAAUGGAGUUUUCUGUUUAAUUUUUUAAGCUGUGAAUCCCCAAUUUCACAAGACUGUGAAUACAAUUAUGGUCACAUUUCCAUUAAUUCAAACUAUUUCGAUUCCCAGAGACUCCAAGUAUUUGACCAGCAAUAAAUCCAGUCUUUUCCCUUGUAUCCCUUCUUGCAGUGUUUCUAACCAUCUCAGGAUUGUUGGCUCAUGGAUGUGAAUCAGUCUUGCCCUUAUUGCCAGAACAGGAACUUAGAAACUGCCUUCUGAGUUAGGGAUGAAGCGUGACACUGCUACCAUUUCAAUUCUUAUUACCUAAAAAUUCACUGCCACCAGCCACACAAGAAACCUUCCUCUGGUGUCUAGAUCCUCAUGGAGUCAUGAAGAGCCUGCCCUUCCUCUAGCUUGUGCUUAGGCAAGUGGUGUCCCUUACCAAGCCUGUAUGGGCACCAAAGCAUUACUGUUCUCACUCACACCUGAGUUUCCCACCCAUGACAACAGGGAGCUAAGUAGAGAAGUUUCCCCUUAUCAGUAGGAUCCCGUGUCCAGGACCUCUAGUCUUUCUCAAAAUACAGCCCUAGGAAUUCCUCCUUCUGGCCUUAGUGCCAGCCCAGGCCCCUGUUCCCUUCCCCUCUGCUACAUUUCUUCUUGAAGAACUGUCUGGUUUGUCUAUCUAGGGACAUAUAGAACAUACGUAUAGUUAAAGGCAUUUGAGGGGAACCAGGGUGACAAAUAUCCUCAUCUCUGACUCAUUAGAUAUUCCUAUUCCAAUUUCUAGGGUCCAAGUUUUUGCCAAUCAAAGAAUUAACUUUAACCAUCUUCCCAAUGCCUGAACCCAAUAUCAAUGAAAAUUCAAUUGAUGAUGCAAUUCAACAAAGGGUAGGAUUUGUGCCUGGACUCAGUUUUCAGCAGGCUUGGAGAUCCUGCUGUGGUCAGAAAGGGCUUCCGGAAGUAGAAUGACAGAAAGGCUCUACGUUUUCUUGCGUAUUGACCCUGGGCAACUGGAAUUGGGACUCAUGUUCUUCUAUCCGAACCUUAUUUAAUCUGCAGCACUUCUAUUCCUCAAUCCUUGAAGCUGACAUGCAGACCUCAGUAGGACCACAGUCCUCAAGGUCUAAAGGAAACCUUAAUGAAUUGCCUGCCUCUGAGUUCCUGAGCUACUAGAAUUUAACCCAAGGACUUGAAGAGGAAUUUUUUUGCUCUCUACUCCACUACCACCCAAUAAGCAACUC